AAAAGCUUGUUCCUCAGUUCGAAUUAACGCGUAAAGAAGGAAGGUUGUGAAAGGCGGAAACCUCUCGUGUUUUCAUCAGCAACUCGUCAAAGAUGACGUUUAAAUCUUUGAUGAAUUUCGGAGGCUACAAGGAUUCUUAUUAUUCCAACAUUGAGAGAUACCACAGUGGUCCCGGUGGCUAUCACCACAGCGGAUCUGGAGGAUACCAUCACGGUUCGCGAGGUAGCAGCAAGGGCAAAGGAGGUGACAAGGGAGCCGCACUUAGUGCUCUAACGCUGCUUGCUUUCCUCUUCCUGUUGAACGUCAUGCAGCAAUCGAUGCAGGACAACAUGCCAACGACGCCGACACCGACAACCGGGUUUGUCAUACGCGACGCUGAUCAACCAGUGGUGGUGGACGCGAAGGAAGAAAAGGAGAACGCCAAGAGGGACGAGGCGAAGCGCGUUAGUUACGGGACACCAGCAAAAUCCAAGAUCCAAAGGCUUAACAGUCAAUAUAUUAAAUGA